UCGGUCUCCACUCCACUUUCCUCUCCAUCCCGACCUUUUCUCGUGUUCACUGCAAUCACUGGGUGAAACUGGGUUGAAAUGGAUUCACCUAGUCUGAUUUAGUCCUGCUUAGGCUCUCUGGCUGACUCUUGCUGAGCCCAUCCCAUGGUGGCCCCACUCCCCGGUCUUUGUCUGUUCUCUGCCCUUCCAUUCGGUCAUUCUCUAUCCCGCCUGUCUUUCGUGCUGGCAAUCCCUGGUCGUUUCGGCUUCCAAGUCUGGCCAGACGGCCCGAUGACGCGGUUGUGCCUGCCGACCCCAGUUCUGCUUGGCUCGUGGGAAAAUUUCAACAAUGACGAUGGUGACACCGGAUUGUCUGGGGUCGUUGGGCGUUUCUGGCCUGAUGCGCCUUGCCUUUAAAAGCCUCGUGCAUUCCCCUCUUCCC